CCGCUGCCGCCGAGGCGCGGGCCCAUUUCCGGCCCUCCGCGGGUGCGGAUUGGGCCGGCGCCGGGGCGGGCGGGAGCGAGCGGCGGCGAUGGAUCUGUUCGGGGACCUGCCCGAGCCCGGCGCCGCCGCGGGGAAAGAUGCCCAAAAAGGGCCUCUACUCUUUGAUGAUCUCCCACCAUCCAGCAGUGCUGACUCAGGAAAAGAAGGCUCUUUGCUGUUUGAUGGUCUCCCACCAGCCAGCAGUGGUGACCCAGCCUCCAGUGCUACUAAGCAAGUCUCAUCAGCAGAGAGCCAAGAGAAAGGGCAGAAGAGAAAGUCCUUGGAGGAGGAGGAAGAGAAGAAUGGCAGGGAAGAACUUGUGGAAAAGAAAGUUUGUAAAGGAUCAGUGGGCAUUCUUGGACUGAAGGGUUAUGUGGCAGAGAGAAAAGGUGAGAGAGAAGACAUGCAGGAUGCACAUGUCAUCUUAAACGAUAUCACCGAGGAAUGCCGGCCUCUGCCCUCCCAAAUCACACGUGUCUCGUACUUCGCUGUUUUUGAUGGCCACGGGGGAGUCCGAGCCUCCAAAUUUGCAGCACAGAAUCUGCACCAAAACCUGAUUAAGAAAUUUCCUAAAGGUGAGGUAGCCAGCGUGGAGAAAACUGUGAAGAGAUGUCUUUUGGACACCUUCAAACACACAGAUGAAGAGUUUCUAAAGCAGGCAUCCAGCCAGAAGCCAGCGUGGAAGGAUGGCUCCACGGCUACUUGUGUCUUAGCUGUUGACAAUAUUCUCUACAUAGCCAACCUCGGGGACAGCCGGGCCAUUCUAUGUCGUUACAAUGAGGAGAAUCAGAAACACACGGCCUUAAGCCUCAGUAAGGAGCACAACCCCACCCAGUAUGAGGAGCGGAUGCGGAUACAGAAAGCUGGGGGAAACGUCAGGGACGGGAGAGUCCUGGGAGUGCUGGAGGUCUCCCGCUCCAUUGGGGAUGGCCAGUACAAGCGCUGUGGUGUGAUCUCUGUGCCAGAUAUCAAACGCUGCCAACUCACACACAAUGACAGGUUCAUUCUGAUAGCGUGUGAUGGCCUGUUUAAAGUCUUUACACCAGAAGAAGCUGUGAACUUCAUUGUAUCCUGCUUGGAGGAUAAGAAUAUCCAGAUGAGAGAAGGGAAGCUGGAAGCCGACGCUCGAUACGAGGCCGCGUGUAACAGGCUGGCCAGCAAGGCAGUGCAGCGGGGCUCGGCCGACAACGUCACGGUCAUGGUGGUCCGGAUAGAGCACUGAGGUGUGCUGGGUGGAAGGAGGGGAGAGCUCUGUGUGCAUGCAUGUGUGCCUGGGGGAGGGUGGGUCCUGCUGGAUGCUCUUCAGUGUAAAUAAAGAUGGUUUUUUUCUAAUAGGUUUAGCUCA